AAGAGAAAAUGUGAUAGGUGGUUUGGAAGUUACACGAUUCCUGAAAUAUAUCGUGGAAUAUAUGGACGAGUAAUCUAUGGAAUCUCACCAACUCUGUGGUUGUUCCUUGCUUUGUUCACAUAUUCAGUGUUGCUAAGAUUAGGAAUUGUUCACCAGAG